GGGGCGGGGUGGUGUCCCUUUCUGAACUUAGAGAGCCACGGAGUUCCCACGAUCCAGCCCCUCGUGGGGCCCCGCCCCCGCGCCGAGCCCCGAGCCAGGCCCCGCCCGCCAGGCCCAGCCGAUCAAGAGGGGGCGCCCGCGGGGCCCCGGGAGGGAAGAGAAAAGACUUUGUCCCAAGUUUUCGCGGACACUCGGCGUCCCCGCUGCGACCAGCACCCCGGAGCCCACGUCCGUCUGGCGACCCCCAGCCCAGCCCCCGAACUUUCACACAUUCCCUGCGGCCCCGCCCCCUCGGGGACCCCCUGGGGGCCCUCGGACUCCCCCCAACUCCCCUGCCCCCUAAAACCACUUGGAUCCCUCACCUGUUCCCGGGCCCGCAGGAACCCCCGCCAUGGCCCGCUCGUACGGCGGCCGGGUGCUGGCCGCGGUGACUCUGCUGGGCAUCGCGGCGGCCGUGCUGGCGGCGCUGAGCGCGCAGCUGCUGUUCCAGCUCCAGGCGGGCCGCGCGGAGCUGCGGGGGCUGCGCGCCGACGGGCUCCGCCAGGAGCUGGGCGCCGGCCCCGGGCUGCCCGAGGACGCGGCCGGGGCGCUGCUGCCUCUGGCCGCCGCGCUGGCCGCGCUGGCGCUCGUGCUGGCGUUCACCUGCCUGCUGCUCGCCGCGCUCUGUGGCCACCUGGGCGCCGAGCUGGCGCGGGGGCCUGGCCCCAGGAGGUCUGACUGGUUUCUCUACGACUGCCGCCUCCUCAGACACGUGGCCCUUGGCCUUUUCUGCUGCGGGGUCUCCGUCUACUUAGCAGCACUGUCCAUCUAUGCCUUGCUACUUUUCGAGAUCGAGACAGGCGCAGCAGCCGCUUCCAUCCUCAGCUCGGGUGCUCUGGUUCUGGUGGCCAUGCUGACCCACACGCUCCUCCGGGCCGCCCGGGCCACCCGCCGUGGGCUCCAUGAGUUGUCCCCGCCAUCCUUUGAAGAUGACCUCACCCGCCCUGCCGAAGUCUCCAAGGCCAGCCCCAGAGCUCAGCCUCAGCAGGGUACCCAUCGUCGGACCCCCUAUUCAGCCCGUCCAGAACCUGGGGACCCCCUUGGGUCCAUGGCCACUGCCACAGUACCUGCAGCUCUCGGGGGAGGCUGGGAGAGUGGUCUGCCUACACCCCGAACGCACCGGACACUGUCGGCCGGCCUGGGGCACUGGGACGGGGUCACCCACGAGAUGCAUCGAAUGCUGAGCCACAGGCUGGGGAGCACGGGGAAGGACUCCACACUGGUGUGAGCCCAGGGAUGAAGAAUAGAGACCCGGUGUAAUAAAAGGAUACCAUAGAGAUAGGUUAAGUUUCAGCUGCAGUAGCAGAAGGACUUGAUUUUUCUCUCAUCUCAUUACAACCUUGGCUUUUGUCCUCAAGGUUGCCUCAUGGCACAAAAUAGUUGCCAGAGCUCCAGCCUUCACCUCCUCCUUAUGAGGGAAAGUCAGAGGCCAGUGCUGGCUGGGGGUCUCCUGGAAGAAGUCUUCCCAGGAAGCCUUGAAACUCUUUUUUUCCCCCCGCUUUGAGACGGAGUUUUGCUCCUGUUGCCCAGGCUGGAGUGCAAUGGCGAGAUCUCAGCUCACCACAACCUCCAUCUCCUGGGUUCAAGGGAUUCUUCUGCCUCAGCCUCCUGAGUAGUUGAGAUUAUGGACAUGUGCCACCAUGCCUGGCUAAUUUUGUAUUUUUAGUGGAGAUGGGGUUUCUCCAUCUUGGUCAGGCUGGUCUCAAACUCCCGACCUCAGGUGAUCUGCCUGCCUCGGCCUCCCAAAGUGCUGGGAUUACAGGUGUGAGCCGCACGGCACCCAGCCGUAACCCUUCUUUUUAUAUCCCACUGGCAAGAACAGAGAGAAAUGACCACACCUUACCGCAAGGGAGCCUGGGAAAUGCGGCUGCCCAGAUGAAUGAGACCGUUAUUGGCAGUAGGGGAGCAGGGGGCUUAGGCAGUGAUUCUCUAAGUGUCUCCAUCCAUUUUACAGAUGAGGAAACCGAGGCCCCAAGAGAGGCAGUGACUCACCAGGGGGCCCACGGCCAGGACUGAGCGCCAGAGCCAGGAUUCUCACCUGCACCCCGUAAUCUCCAAGCUGCUGAUGUGAAAGUCUCAGACUCUGCAAAUCCCUGCUGCACCCCUCAGGUUGUGACCAUUUCAAACCCCCGUGUGCCAAGCUCAGAGCAGCCCAGGGCCAGGCACAUGGCUGGAGGGCUGGACCCAGGUUCCUGGCUGUGGACUCAUGGCUGAGGGCUUAGCCGCUUUGUGCCUCAGUUUCCUCAUCUGUAAUAUGGAGACAAGAAGGGGCCCUGCCUCCAAGGGCUCCCACAAGACACGUGACUUCACGUGAGCCAUACUGGGGAGGCCCCGACACAAUAGAUCCUCAAGGGUAUUAAUCGUUCUCAUGCUGCUGCUGCUUGGGGUGUAGACAUGGGUAGUUUCUGGGGCUCCAGGAAAUGACAGAGGGGUCUCCAAAGGUCUCCCGUCUUGCACAACCCACAAAUAAACUCUGAUAGUCACUA